AAAUCUUCAAUGUGAAUUGUAAAAGCUUCCGAUCAAAAAUUUUAAAAACCCAAUACAGUAGUCUCUGUGUCCGCAGAGAAGAUCAGGUUUGGUGAUUCAGAGAAAUCAAAAGUGUGUGGGUGAAAUAGAGAAAGAGAUAACGAAGAUGGACGCAAUGAGGAAGCAGCUCGAUGUGCUCAUGGGAGCUAACAGAAACGGCGACGUGACGGAGGUGAAUCGCAAAUACUACGACCGCGAUGUUUGCCGUCUCUACCUCUCUGGUCUCUGUCCUCACGAGCUUUUUCAAUUGACGAAAAUGGAUAUGGGUCCUUGCCCGAAGGUGCACUCUUUGCAGCUGAGGAAAGAAUAUAAAGAAGCAAAGGCAAAAGGUGUUGACAACUACGAUAGGGAAUUGGAAGAUGCGAUAGAUAGGCUUAUUAUUGAGUGUGAUAGGAAGAUUGGUAGGGCCCUUAAUCGUCUUCAGGAAGAGGAUGCCAAAGCUGCAUUUGCAAUUUCAGUCAUCCAAGUUACUCAGUCACCUGAAAUUCUCGAACUAUCGAAGCAAAUCAAAGAGAAGAUGAAGGAAGCAGACCUGCACGAUCUUGAAGGCAAAAUGGAUCCGAAGAUUAGAGCUCUCGAGUUAGUUGAAGAAAUGAGGAUUAAAAGAGCCGACCUGCAGGCUGUGCUACUGUUGGAUGCCUUCAACAAGGAUAGGGCAUCCUUGCCACAGCCCGUGCCAGCUCAGCCACCAGCUGCAGUAUUACCUUCGCCUGAUCCUCGUACUCAAGAAAUGAUCAAUGAAAAAUUAAAGAAAGCAGAAGAACUUGGUGAACAAGGGAUGGUUGAUGACGCGCAGAAAGCACUAGAAGAGGCGGAAGCACUUAAGAAGGUUACUGUUAGACAAGAAGCUGUAGUGGAUUCAACCAAGUACACUGCUGCUGAUGUGCGCAUUACAGACCAGAAACUGCGUCUAUGUGACAUAUGUGGAGCAUUUUUGAGCGUCUAUGACAGCAGGCUAUUUGGGCCCAGUUUUACGAGGAUUACUUUUGCAGCUAAUAAAUGUGCGUUCUUUCUUGAUUUAUUGUGCCUGUUAGAGAUAUGCAAUAGAACUUUAAACUACAAUUAUGUCACCAAUUGUUAUUUGCAUUUGGCAAUGUCAAAAAUCUUUUGUACUGCCUUUAGUGAUCGUCGGUUAGCUGAUCAUUUUGGAGGGAAACUACAUUUGGGUUACAUGCUGAUCCGCGACAAAUUGGCAGAGCUUCAGGAGGAGAAGAACAAAGUUCAGAAGGAACGGGUUGAAGAAAGGAGAUCAAAGGAAAGGAGUAGAGAGCGAGAACCAAGUAAAGACAGAGACGGAGGAGAUAUCCGUGACCGUGGAAGAGAUGUUGACCGUAGGAGUAGAGACCGCGACAGGCACCAUGACCACCGUGAACAUGACAGAAACUAUAAUCAGUCACGUGGCUAUGACUCAAGAAGCCGGCGCAGUUCGCGGUCCAGGUCAAGGGAAAGACAACCGAUGGAUUAUGAUCGCCGCAGACGCCAUGACCGCUAUUAAGACCCUACCAAAGAUGAUUGCACCAGGUUUAAGAGGUUCUUACGGUUGCGUUUAGGAUCAAUUUGGAGUGCCAGACCCUUUUUUUUUCUUCUUUGCUUAUUGUGUUUUCAGGUCUUUUGAGAUUGUAAGUUACUAAGAGAAACUUCUUCAGAUGUUUUUUUUUUCUUUCUCUUUUUACUUUUGUGUUGACAUCAAAGACUUGUGAGUAGAAAGAUUGGUGUUCGAAAAAAAAGAAAAAGAAAGAAGGAUUGUGAUGAUCUCA